UUGGCGUCGCAAAUUGCAACCAAACGGAAAAACGUUAGAAUGAGGAGAGUUUUAAAUUCCCUUUUGAUGGCUCUGGCUUUAACUAGCCUGAUUGCUAACUGCUCGGCUUUGUCGGUGAAUUUGAAAGACAAGGUUUUAGACAAUGGAAAAGAAGGUAGCUAUGAUCCGUUUAGUUGGUCUGAGCAGCCCUCUUGGAAGAUCAACGCCAAUCGUGAAAGCAAGCCAUCGGCCGUUGAUUGGGAUGAUGCGGAAUACCGACUACCCGGAGAUCUUUUGCCAAGCGUUUACACUAUUCGGUUACUUCCCUUCAUCGAAGAAGGUAAUUUCACUACCGAUGGCUACAUUGAAAUAUACGUCGACUGCGUCAACGAUACCAAGAACAUUGUACUCAACAGCGUCGAUAUCGACAUCCAUGAAUUAUCAAUCACGGUGCUGGAUUUAGAAGCAAAUGCUCCGCUGGCAGUGGUUGGCUGUGAGGAUCAGCAAACCACUCUUCAGAAGGUUAUCAUAAAAACGGCAGAGAGUUUAAUAGCUGGUAAACGUUACAAGAUCUCCAUGGGAUUCACUUCCAUCCUGAACGAUAGACUAGUUGGGUUCUACCGUUCUUCCUACGUUGAAAAUGAUGAAACCAAGUAUUUGGCGACUUCCGACAUGGAACCCGCCGACGCUCGUGUCGCCUUCCCCUGUUUUGAUGAGCCUGAUAUGAAAGCUCGUUUCUCCAUUAUUUUGGGCCGCAAAGAAUCCUGGAAGUCUUCUAGUAACAUGCCUAAAAUCAGAACCAAUCCAAUUGAAGGCAUGCCCGGAUACGUCUGGGACUUCUUCGACACAACUCCAGUCAUGUCGACUUACUUGGUAGCCAUGAUGGUCUCUGAAUUUGUUAGCACUCCAUCGGAUCCUGCGUUGAGCAAUGUGAAAUUUCGCGUUCUAACGAGACCCGAACUACAGGAAGAUGCUACAUACGCUGCCAACGUCGGACCGAGGAUUCUGGAAUAUUUUGAAACCUUUUUCGGAGUCGCUUAUCCUUUGGCCAAGGAAGAUUUGGCAGCGAUUCCCGAUUUCGGACCGGGAGCCAUGGAGAACUGGGGACACAUUGACUUUAGGGAGAGCUAUUUAAUUGUGAAUGAGAACACGACCGCAUCCAGCAAACAACGCGUGAGCGAAGUUAUUGCUCACGAACUGGCUCACAUGUGGUUUGGGGAUCUUGUUACUAUGGAAUGGUGGAAUAAUAUCUGGCUGAACGAAGGGUUUGCUCGUUAUCUGCAAUACUUUGGAGCAGACUCGGUUGAACCUAGCUACAAACUGCACGAGCAAUUCGUCGUAAACACGUUACAGCGCGUGCUCGUGUCCGAUUCUCUCGAUUCAACGCAUCCAAUGAGCUAUCCUGAGACGAAAAGCCAAGUUUUCGACACGAUCGAAUACGACAAAGGUGCUAGCGUGAUCCGCAUGUGUGCCAACUUCCUCGGAAUGGAUACCUUCCGCCGUGGCCUCAAUCGCUAUCUCACCAGAAACGCGUACAGCAACGCAGUGGAGGAAGACCUGUGGAAUACGCUUGAAGAACAGGCUGCCAUAGAUGGUGUGAUCCUUCCGGACUCCUUGGCAAAGAUUAUGGCCACUUGGACGCAGACAACUAACUAUCCACUCAUCAGCGUUAAGCGCACUUACAUUGAAGGCGAUGGAGCUAUAGUUUCGCAGAGUCGUUUCGUGCUACCAAGCAACGAAGGAGGUCCUGUUCCAGAGGACACUGUUUGGUGGGUGCCGUUGACUUACAGCCAUGAUUUUAGCCUCCACCCUACAACUGCCUGGAUGUCAACACCCACCAGAACACUUGUUAGCCUUGCAGCUACAAGUGAUCAGUGGGUCAUCUUUAACGUCAAUCAAGCAGGUUUCUAUCGAGUAGCUUACGAUGAGGCCAAUUACAACAUGAUUGCCGACCAGCUGAUCGCUGCUCACGAUCACAUUUCGAUUCCUAACCGGGCCCAGCUGCUCGAUGACGCUUUCGUGCUGGCCAAAAUCAACAAGAUCUCGUACAACAUUGCAAUGGAUCUAACUCUCUAUUUGAAAUACGAACGGGAGUAUGUUCCAUGGCGUUCUGUCCUUGACGAACUCAAUUACCUCGACGUUAUGCUGCACAACGAGCCGCAAUAUGUGGACUGGAAGGUUUACAUGACGUCUCUGGUGACACCGUACUACAACUAUGUUGGAUUCCAAGAAUUGGAUUCAGAUGCUCAUUUAACCAUCUUGUCUCGAACGGACGCUUUGAACUGGGCGUGCAAAUUGAAAAUUGCCGAUUGCGUCCAAAAUGUGAAGAGCCAAUACACCGCAUUGAUGGAGCAGCCCGACAUGAGACUAUCACCGAACCAGAGAGAUUUCAUCUUGCGUGCGGGUGUCGAAAACGGCCGCCAAGCCGAGUGGGACUUUGCAUACGAGCAAUACCGUGCCUCAGAUUCGGACAGUUUCCUCAUUGCCAUGACUUACACGAGAGAGAGCAGCAUCGUCUAUGAUUUGCUGGGCAAGAUGCUCGAUCCUAAUUCCAUUCGUUCCGAAGACGUUGACAAGGUAUUCACCAACUUGGCGGCCAAUCCGUUAGGUAACACUAUGGCUCUUGAUUUCUUAAGUCGGCGCUGGAACGAAAUCGAAAAAGCGCUUGGAACGAGCCAUUUUGUUACAUUCUUCCGAUCGCUGUGUGAUCGUCUUAAUAAGCCGACACAAUAUGAACAGAUGGUGGCGUUGCGCGAUGAGCAUUUGGACAUCCUGGGUAAUUCGACAACGGUCGAGCAAGGUCUUUAUGUUAUCCAAACUAAUAUUGAAUGGAUGAAUGCGAAUCAAUUGGAAAUUGGCGAAUGGCUAAAAGAUCCUUCAACGACAACAGCCUUGCCUACAACAGAAGCAACUACUGAAAUGACUUCAACUAGUACAACCACUUCCACUACCCCUGCACCUACCACUUCCACUACCCCGGCACCUACCACUUCCACUACCCCGGCACCUACCACUUCCACUACCCCUGCACCUACCACUCCCUCUUCCGGUGUCAUUGUUCAACCAUGCCUAUAUCUUGCUUUCUUGUUUGCUGUUUUGGGACAAUGGGUGUUCCGCCACUGAUAACGCUGUUUCGCGAUGUAGAUUGUGACCAUUACGACAAUGUAUACUGAAUAGCGUUAUUGAAUUCA